CGACUAUAUAUUAUCUAUUUCUGUAGGAACAUGGCUAAGGACAAUCUCACCGCUGUACUGUAUGGCAUCAACGAUUUACGCCUGGAAAACACGAGUAUCGAGGAACCAGGAGAUGGUGAGGUGCUCCUCGAAAUGGGAUGCGUAGGAAUCUGUGGGUCGGACGUUCAUUAUCUUGUCAAUGGCAGAAUCGGCGAUUUUAUAGUGAAGAAACCCAUGAUCGUCGGUCAUGAGUCUUCAGGAACUGUCGCCAAACUUGGAAAAAAUGUCAAGAAUUUAAAGGUCGGCGAUCGUGUUGCCAUUGAACCUGGUGUGCCUUGCAGGAUGUGCACGGACUGCAAGGAGGGACGUUACAAUCUUUGUAAAGAUAUUGUGUUUUGCGCAACUCCGCCCGUGCACGGCAGUUUAAGACGUUUCUACAAACAUGCAGCUGAUUUCUGCUUUAAAUUGUCCAAUCAUAUGAGCUUAGAGGAAGGAGCGCUUUUAGAGCCAUUGUCAGUGGCAGUACAUGCUUGCAAACGGGGCGGGAUUGGAAUCGAGUCUACUGUAUUAAUUCUGGGAGCCGGCCCGAUCGGUUUGGUAACGUUGCUGGUAGCCAAAGCCAUGGGUGCAAAAAAAAUAGUUAUCACGGAUAUCGUGCAAAGUAGACUGAAUGUAGCGAAGAAACUCGGCGCCGACGAAACUUAUCUGGUGCAGAAGGAUAAAUCGGAAAAGGAUAUGGUGGCUGAUAUUCACGCAAUUUUCGAUGGCGCACCCAAUAGAACGAUUGAUGCUUCCGGCGCACAAGCCUCGAUUCGUUUAGCGAUUCUCGCGACCAAAUCCGGUGGAGUUGUGGUAUUAGUGGGACUGGGUGCUCCAGAAGUGCAAAUUCCACUAAUAGAUGCCUUGAUAAGAGAAGUCGACAUCAGGGGAGUCUUCCGAUAUGUAAAUGACUAUAGCGACGCAUUGGACCUCGUCGCGACUGGCAAGGUAAACGUGAAGCCAUUGAUCACUCAUAAUUACAAGCUGGAGGAAACUAAGCAAGCGUUUGAGACCAGCAAAACUGGUGCAGGCGGGGCUAUUAAAGUUAUGAUCCACUGUAAAUAGCAAACGAAAUGCAAUCGUGAUUCUCUGCGAAAAACGUUACGCGAAGAGCUUUUAUAUUGUGGCAUGCUAAGCUGACCUUUAUCAUUUAAGCUACUAGUAAAUAAUCGCCUUAAUUUGAGUUGAUCAGAUUUGAAAAUGGAAAACCGUAUCUGGAUAUUUGUCAGUGUCUUGGGCAUUGAUGUAUCACAGAAUUGGCAAAAUGUUUUAUCGCCAAAUCUUUCAUCCUGUAAGUGUUUGUCAUCUCGUGUAAAUUGCCAAUUGAUAUGCGAUGCAUCUUUCACUUGGCAAGAAACAUUCCUAAAUAUUGUACCAUUUAACUUCGUAAAUAAUCGUCUUAAUUUAGAAUUUGACUUGAUCGAGAUGAAAAAUGUGUCUGGCUAUUUACUGAUGUAUCACAGAAUGUUUUAAAUUUGCCAAAUUUUCCAUUCUGUAUGUGUUUGUCAUCUCGUGUAAAUUGCACCAUGGUAUAAUUUAUAUGCGAUGCAGCUUUCACUUGACAAUCAAUUUACUAGCGAGAAACAUUCCUAAACGUUGUACAGAGAUCGCAUAAAUAUGUAUAAUAUGCUAUUGUGGAUAAAUAUAAUGGCUCAAAGGAAUGGCGAUGUCCGAAGAUUAAUGACAUGAUUAAUGAAUGAAUUUUUGAUUAAUAAUGUUGAUAUUUUCAACAAACAUAAGGAAAAUAAUGAUAUAUUUUGGUACGAGUAAUAAAGUUUUAUUCCUGAAUCUUUUGCACGAAAAA